AUGGUGCCCUCUGGAAGAAAACACCCCGAGAAAGGCGGGAAGACGCCGGGGGAGGACCAGGCUGGGAGAGCCUAUGACUUUGAGAAGGAGGAUAAAAUCGACCUGGCUUGUGCAGAGGAGGACGUUACCGAAGUGAACACUUCAGCAAUGGAUAAGCUUGGGAAGAAAAGGACAUCUGCAGUAGUUGAAGAUGUGGGGGGUGCAGUACAGAAUAUGCUGGAAAAAUUUGGAGCUGACAUUAACAACACUCUUAUUGCAAAGAGAAAAAGACUAGCAAUGUAUACCAAGGCUUCUCUCAAAACCAGUAACCAGAAAAUUGAACAUAUUUGGAAAACCCAACAAGAUCAAAGGCAGAAGCUUAAGCAAGAAUAUUCUCAGCACUUUCUGACUUUGUUUCAGCAGUGGGAGAUCGAUGUGCAGAAAGCAGAGGAACGAGAAGAAAAAUUAGCUAAUUUGUUUCGACAGCAACAAAAGGUUCUUCAACAAUCCAGAGUUGUUCAGAGCCAGAGACUGAAAACAAUUAAACAGUUAUAUGAGCAGUUCCUAAAGAGUAUCGGGGACUUGGAGAAGAAUCAUGAUACUCUACUUACUGGUGCACAAAAUGAACUUAAAAAAGAAAUGGCUAUGUUGCAAAAACAAAUUAUGAUGGACACUCAGCAGCAGGAGAUGGCAAAUGUUCGAAAGUCUCUUCAAUCCAUGUUAUUCUGA